GGCCAGCAACCAUCACCGCCUCCGUUCUGGACAGAUGACUUCCUAAUGACACUUCCAUAAUGGCAGUGGAUGAAGAAAUAGCGCACUUCAAGGCCAUAUUUCUCUUACUCGUGCAUGGGAUGUGUCUGUUCAUUUCUGUUCACUCUCAGUCCAGGCCCACCCAGAAAAUCCCUUCCCCUGAAUUGGUGAUCCCCUUGAAGGUGGCUGGCAGAGGCAGAAGUGCCAGGGUUAUGGGUUCCCUCUCCUACAGCAUUCGAUUUGGAGGUCAGAGACAUGUUAUCCACUUGACGGUCAAGAAACACUUGAUUCCUAGACAAUUCCAAGUGUUUACCUAUAUGGACCAGCGAACCCUCCAACAGGACCGGCCUUUUGUUCCUGCUGAUUGCUACUAUCAUGGCUAUGUGGAAGGGGUUUCCCAGUCCCUGGUUUCUCUCAGUACCUGUUCUGGAGGCUUUCAGGGAAUGCUGCUGGUUAAUGACCAGGCCUAUGAAAUCCAGCCAGUUAUGUUUUCCUCCACAUUUGAACACCUCAUGUAUAAGAUAGACAAAGAGGAUCUGGAAUUCCCACCUAAGAGAUGCGGGUUGACAGAUGAAAAAAUAAUUCAACAGUUGAAGUUGCUCGAGUCAUUUAAUUUUACUCUGAGGCAGAGUGCUAAUAAGGAAUGGUGGACCCACUUGCGAUAUGUGGAGAUGUUAGUGGUUGUGGAUCAUAACCGAUUCCUUCAUUCUUACAGUAAUGUGUCAGUAGCACAGCAGGAAGUCUUUUAUGUUGUCAAUAUUAUGGACAGUGUGUACCAAGCUCUAACCGUGGAAGUAAGUUUGGCUGAACUUGAAAUCUGGAGUGUAGGAAACCUCAUUUCUAUUGGGGAAAUAGAACAGGUUUUAGAUGACUUUGUUAAAUGGAAGAAUAGAGCUCGACGUACAAUGAGGAAACUUGAUGCUUCUCAUUUUUUUGUAAAAGAAGGUUUUGGCAGAGUUCUUGGUCUUGCCUAUGUUGGGACAAUAUGCAGAUUUCCUUUUAAUAGUGGAGUUGAAUCUUUUCCAGACAAUAAUCGGGUUGCAUUUGCAUUUACGGUGGCCCAUGAGCUGGGUCAUAAUUUGGGAAUGUCACAUGAUGUCGGAUUCUGUUCAUGUGAGGUUGAUUAUUGUAUAAUGUAUCCUUCACGUCAGCUAACAACUAAGUUUAGCAACUGCAGUUAUUCCAGUUAUUGGAAUGUUGCUCUUCGAUCUGGAGAUUGUCUUUUCAAUCCUCACCAGAGACAAGAGAAUAGUGACACGCACUUUUGUGGAAACCUCGUAGUAGAGUUUGGAGAACAGUGUGACUGUGGAACCAUAUUCCAGUGUUCAUCUGAUCACUGUUGUCGGAUGAACUGCACCCUGAAGCCUGGAGCUGAGUGUAGUCAAGGCAUGUGUUGCAAAGACUGCAAGUUUUCACCGUCAGGGACUUUAUGCAGACAACAGGUCAAUGAAUGUGACCUUCCAGAGUGGUGUACUGGUCACGACUCUGAGUGUCCUGAGGAUACCUUUGUGCAGAAUGGAACUCCCUGCAAAAAUUCUUCAUUGUGCUUUCUGUCCAGAUGUACCACUACCCAUGACAUGCAGUGCAAGGAGCUUUUUGGCAAGGAUGCAAGGACCGCAUCUGAGCAAUGCUUCCAAGAAAUCAAUAUACAAAGAAACCGAUUUGGUCACUGUGGUAUGACAAAUCAUCUAUAUAUAGGAUGUUCAUUUGGUGAUAUCCUGUGUGGGAGACUUCAGUGUGAAAAUGUGAAAGUAAUUCCUGAUAUGACUCAGCAUACUACCCUGCAUCAGUUUCCCAUAAACGGUACCACUUGCUGGGGCACUGAUUUUCAUCCAGGAAUGGGCAUACCUGAUACUGGUUUAGUGAAAGAUGGCACCGACUGUGGCCCAAAUAUGGUAUGCCAGCACCAGAGGUGUAUCGGCCUUGAUAAUUAUUGUAAUCUUGAUGCCUGCCAUAAUAAUGGCAUCUGCAAUAGUAAACAUAAUUGCCACUGCUUCCACGGAUGGGCACCUCCUCGCUGCAAUGUCAAAGGUUUUGGAGGUAGUAUUGAUAGUGGCCCAGCUCCUCAAUCUCUAAGGAGAGAUAAGUCAAAAUUGGCCUACCUGACAAUGUUGUGGAUCAUUCCCGUCACUCUUUUCAUUUUAUAUGGAAUUCUCAUGAGGAGAAAACAUAAACCAAAUAAAACCAAGGAGAAGGAAGACCCACACGAGGAAGAAAAAAGGGACACUGAAAGAAGUACAGGAUCUGGAAGAGAAUGA